CUAAAGAACGUUAGAGGUUUCCGGCCACAGCGGCAGGACCUCCUGGGAGCCAACAGGCAGGGAAGGAUAGCCGGGAAGAAAAGAAAGAAGGAAAAAGAGAAGAAAAGACAGAAAGAAGGAAAGAGAGAAAGAGAGAGAAAGGAAGGAAGGAAGGAAGGAAGGAAAGAAGGAAGAACAGUGAAUCAUUAAGAGAUAGAGGCAGAGAACAAGAGUCCACCUCUGAGUCCAGGUGUUCAGAGGGUGCUGUGCCAUGCAGUGGGUCUGGGUUCUGGGCUCCCUUCUGGCCCUCGGGUCCUUCAGUGCUGGGAAAGACCAGAAGGGCCUCGGGAGGAAGGAGAAAGGAGGACGGCGAGAUGCCCAGGCAGCGGAACAAGUGAGAGAGUCGCUUAUGCUUAAGCAACUCCAAGAGGCCCUGGAGCUGUCCCCGUUCCAAGGGCCAGAAAGCCCCGCUGGAGCUCCUGAGGCGGAGGGUGCCCAGGGAGAGGAAGAUGAGGGGGAACCCACCGUGAGUCCCACUCCUGGCCUCAUGCCGUCCCCAACGCCUGAGGAUGCCAUUUCCUAUGUCUUGGGCCGCCUGACGGGGCUGGACACUGGGCUGCAUCAGCUGCAUGUCAGACUCUACACUCUGGAUGCCAGGGUGGCAGAGCUGUCUCGGGGGCUGCAGCUACUGCGGAAAGAGGCCAGAGAUACUCGGGAAGCCCUGGAGGCCCUGGAGGAAGCCCAGAAGCAGGGGCAGCGAGAUCGAGGGCGUCUGGAGGGUUGCCUGAAAGGUCUCCGCCUGGGUCACAAAUGUUUCCUCCUAUUCCGGGACUUCCAGGCCCAGAGUGCAGCCCAUGCCCACUGUGGGGCUCGUGGGGGAAGCCUGGCCAUGCCUGCUGAUCAGGCCCAGAUGGAGGGCCUGACUCGAUACCUUAAGGCUGCCCUGGCCCCCUACAACUGGCCCGUGUGGCUGGGCAUUCACGACCGGAGGGCAGAGGGCCUCUACCUCUUUGAGAACAGCCAACGGGUCUCCUUCUUUGCCUGGCAUCGAGCCCCGCUCGUGGGUGGCCCAGGGGCACCUACUCCUCAUGGUCCAGGCCACCCUGCCCUGGGACCUGACCAACCCAAUGGGCGAGAGCAAGAGAAUUGUGUGGCCCAGGCCUCGGAUGACGGCUCGUGGUGGGACCAUGACUGUGAGAGACGAUUCUAUUAUGUCUGUGAAUUCCCCCAGUAGGGGUACAGAAUCCUUCCUUCCAGUGUCCUCCCCCACCCCCUCCUCCUCCUAGAUCUCUUACCCCGCCCCAAUGCCUUCCUUGAGGACCCCUUCCUCUCCUGAAGUAGCCUUUCCUUCACCACUCCCUGGCUUCUCCCCGAGCACCCCAAGGCUGCCCUAGGCCUCCAUAAGUCUCCUCGCCCUCUUUGGGGAAUGCUUCCCCCUCCUUUUGAAGGAGAGCUCCAGAAUUCACCCUUCAAGACCCAGCUCAAGCCCACCUGGGCCUUCUCCCCACUGAGACCUUCCCUUGGAGCUCCCAGCCAGAAGUGCGCUGUGUAGCUUAGAGUGGGAGCCUCGACCCCUUCCCCCCCCCAGGGCAUUACUCUCCUCCCCGACCUGGUGCCUGACCCAGGGCAGGACCCACAAAGGCAGCCAGGAAACCGGCUGACCCCCAACGACGGGGCAAGCUGACUUGGAAGCUAGUGAGCUCCCUGUGUCUGGAGCUCUGCAAGCAGAGACAGGAGAGGCCCCGAGAUGAUUCACGUUCAGCUGUUGAAUGGCUCAGAUGACCGCUGAGGCCCCAGCUGCAAGGCCUGGGGAGUUUAUCACUUGAGAAUGAGCAGGAGUUUUCCAUCUUGCCAUCCAUCCCCCCCCCCCAAGGGAUGAGUCCCUGCAGGGCCAGAGGGCAUCUUCUUGGAGGCUUCCCAGGAAGGACUGGCUCCUUCUUCACCCUGCCCCCUACCCGCGCCCCUGCUUCUUUUCCCCCGGUUCCUUUCUCUGCUCUCCCCCUCAGGAGGGGCUUGGGGAAGGCGGGCGUGGUGAGGAAAACGCUGAAGGCUUGUGUAGCCAAGGCCAGAAAGGUCCGGCUGUGAUUACAGGAAGAAGGUGACCAGAGACCUGACAGGGGAAAGGGCGCUGGCCUGGGAGUCGGGACACUCCUCAGGCCUCCUUCCCCAAACCCUUUCCUCCCCUCCUUUGAGAAAUAAAAUCUGGAAAGAGGCGGCA